AAACUGUCAUUUAUUUUCAGUUCACGUGGUUGUUCGCUCGGAAAUCCGGAAAAGUUUCUUUAACAUUUUUGAUUUUUUUUCAAAAAAAAAACGCGAGAAUUGUGCAGUGGAUUUUCGAAUUUCCCCAUCGUACGCCGAAAUCAUGUCGCUCGCUUUAGUUCCCGUUUGUUACGGCUGCAAAAAAUCCGCCGCCUUGUCGGUAUCCUGCACGGAUUGCCUCCGGAUCUACUGCGCCAACUGUUUUGGCUUGCAGUCCAAAAAUGCUGAGAGUGUGGAAAGUUUCGGAGCUCUUGUUUCGCUGCUUUCGGUUCGUGUGUGCUCCAAGUGUACUAAACCUGAGGAGCCCCGGGAAGAGGAGGAAUGCACUGUCAGGGAUGUAAAACCCUGUCCGUCGCAAUUGAUACCGCCGAUCGUUACGAAGGUAAAGGAGGAACCCUGCUGGUCCCAUGGGAAGCCAAUGAAUCUAUUUUGCUUGACGUGCGACGUGAUAAUCUGCGGGGAUUGUUUCCUAAAUGGGGCGGAGCACAUGCGGCAUCAAAUCGAUUUCCUGGAAACGGUGUUCCGCGAGAAGCGUUUGGAAACGCAACAUAAGCUGAACCGUCUGGAGGAAACGGUUGGCAUUCUGCAGCGGGAAGCGGUCCACUGCGAGACCAAUUUGGCCCUGAUUCAAUCGGCGGAAAAGGCGGCACUGGCCGAAAUCGACGCAAUUUGCGAGGAGGCUAAACUGAGCGUCAGUCGGCUGACCAUCAAUCGGAAGAGGAAACUGGAGAGUCGGGCCGGAUUCCCAGCGAAGAAGAAAAAGCUGACGGCCGCCCUGCAAGCGAUGAUCGAUCAGAUGAGUCCGGGGGAAUUUUUCCAGCAGCGAUCGACGGUUUACAAGCAGUGCGACGAGCUGCUGACCGAUUGCUCGCCGAAGGGAUUCCACGUGCUGAAGUUCGAGGAUGUUGGAUGUGAACUGGUGCCACCGUACGAAAUGCAGAAGUUCACGUUGCCCAACUUUGACGGUACCUUCGGCGGAUGGCCACAACACUUGAACACUUCCUGCGAUACAAUGUGGAAUGUCUUCCUGCGCAAAAACGAAUCGCUCUUCGUGAAGGUGACUCCAGACGAACCGGAGGCCUCUAAAUAUCCGUACAAACUGUUGGUACAAGUUCCCCACCCGAUGGACAUUCGCAAGAGCAUAAUGAAAACGUUCACCAUCCAUGGAGCUGCCAAAGAGGACGAAAUUGUCAGCGUUGAACAAUUGAAGGCGGAUGAUUUCAUCCGCCACAACAACGAGCUCGUGGUCAAGAUAGGACUGCGACCUCUGAAUGCGAUUACCGAGAAUCGAUUCCUUAAAAGCCGUUACAAGGCACUGACGACGACGAUUGCUGAACUGGAGCGACAAACGACCGUUUCCGGAAAGGACAUUAAUUGCAAGUACUGCAUUAUGUACUUCAACAUUUGUCUGAUGAAGGUGCCGAAGAAAAUUUCCGAACCGAGCCAUUCAGCCGAGUUGGUUGACCAGAUGGAACGGCAGUGGUGCCUCCGGGUGUAUCCCUUUGCGCUGACCCUGCAGGAAACGAACCUGAAGGUGUUUGUGGUGCUGCGCAAGGGAACCCGCACCAAGUGUCGCUACUUUAUCGAGCUGCUGCACGACGAUCCGGCGAAGAACUUUAUGCAGUGCACGGAGAGUAACUUCGAUACCGUUGAUGCGGGUUACGGGUGGCACAGCUUCAUGGAGCGGAAGCGCCUGCUCGCCGAUCCUGGUUUCUAUCCGAAUUCGGUGCUACGCUUCCGGUUCGGCGUGCAACCGAUCGAUCCCUAGAACGGCCGGUCAGUGACGACUUUUUAUUUGAAAGUUUAAGGGGAAUUUUCGAUGAAUCGAAUUUAUUCCGAGUACAUUUUAUGAUUGAGUUGAAUUCUAUGGUCGUGUAAUUAUGAUCUUCGGAAUAGCUUAAAGCUAAAUAGGUAAAUCAUAUUUAGCAUUAGAUAUUGUUAUAGACUUAACAAUUUUCUUGUUUUGAGAGAAAGAGAAAUACACGAUUUGAUAAAAAUUGCAAAAA